UUUCAUCAUCACUUUCUAUUGAAAAGAAAAUAGAAAGAGAUAACACAUACUACAGUCUUGCAAUUCCAUUGCUUAUUACAGUAACUUCACAAUCCAGUCCAAUCCAUGGCUCUUGCUCAAGCUCCAACCUCUGCUUCUCUCUCCGUCUCUCUUCGCGAUGCUCGUGUUUUCGCCACAAGAAACUCUCCUUCAGCCUCUGCGAAGUUUCUUAAACCCAGUUUGUCUCCAGUUCGAGCAUCCUUCGCCACUGGUUCCCCACUAUUGAUUCCGGGGAAUCAUGGAAGGAAGACAGUAUAUAGAGCAAUGCCAGUUUCAAUAAGAUGUGAACAAAACACUAAGGAUGGGAACGGUUUGGAUGUAUGGCUAGGCCGGGGAGCCAUGAUUGGUUUUGCAGUUGCCAUUACUGUUGAAAUUACUUCAGGAAAAGGACUCCUAGAGAACUUUGGUCUCACAAGUCCAUUGCCUACAGUUGCCCUGGCCGUAACAGGACUGGUCGGUGUCUUGACCGCAGUUUUCAUCUUCCAGUCAGCCUCAGAGAACUGAUCAUUUAUUUAGGCUGGUUAUGUUUGUUGUAAAUUCUUUAGUUUCAAAUGAAAUUUCAUUUUUCAAGUAACAUUUUUAUCACUAUUUUGUUGUAAUAUUUGUAUUUGUGAAAGAAUUUACAUCAUCAUCCUGAAAGGUUAAAGUAAUAGAAGCAUCAAUUGGCUGAAUCCAAAGGCAAUUUUCAUUUUUCGUAUUA